AUGGACGACACGGAGUUUAACGAAACGCAAAAAAUAUUAGAGAAUGUCGAAAUACCCAGCAAGAAAGAUGAAAGUGAAAAAAAUUGUGCUAUGGAGAAAUCGGUAGAAAUAAAGUGACGCUCUUGAAAGUUCCAUACUUCGGCAAGACCGGCACUUCGUCAGGCCAUGAUGUUCUGGUUUAUGAAACAAUCCAAGAACUUAAACCGAAAACUAUUGUUAGUCUGGGAGUUUGCGAUGGUGUAAGGAAAGAAGCACAUUUCCUUGUGAUGUCGUGGUGUCAUCACAAGUCUACUUUCUUGAGCAACCGGAUGACGACUUGUCAAAUUUUGAUCGCACAACGUAUGACGGCAAUUUGGGACUGGCGCAUUUGUUCGACCGUGGGAAAUUUGCGUGGUUUGGUCCUUGUGAAAAUGUGAUAGUUCCAAAAGUCCAUGUUGGUCAGUUUACGACAGGUUUACAAGAUGGUGACGAUAAAAAGAGGGAUUCGCACAAAGCGGGAACCAUUGGAGUAGACACAGCGGCAAAACGUACGUAUUACAAUGGGAGCGAUCGGAGUUAUUUUCUCGCAAAACAGGAAAAAUAAACAAAACCUUUUUGCUAAUGGUUGUGAAGUAAGAAUAAUUAAAUAGACAAGCUCUAAUGAAAAGACUACGACGCAACCAAUUUCAUAACAUUUUGAGAACUUGAUUUUUUCUGUGUUGGUGUAAUAUAUGUACUCAGGUGAAUAUGAUGCUUGUGAUGUUACUCUGAGUGUAUACACUCAGAGUAACAUCACAAGCAUCAUUUUGAGAACUUAUUCUCAACUGAUUAUUUAUAUACUUAUUUAUUACUCGUACUCCAGAGGAGCUCGAGUCUAGGUUUCGUCGUGUUGAAAAUUUGGGGGUCGUUGUUACAAUACGCUUACUACUAUGUAGUGCUAAGUUUUCAUGAAUAUUAAUCAGUUUCUUAUUUUCAUUAGCUUCGGUACAUGAAAAGUUACAUCUUUCAAUGGACCUAACAAAAUAUCGAUGUCUCAAGAAAUGUCGACUGAAUACUGUACCAACUGUACAUCCAUCUGACCGCCACAUUGCAUAUAGUAUCAGCCCUGGGUAACCACAUAGCCUAAAAAUUUGUGAUUCUCGGUGUUUCCUCAAAUGUUUCCCUGAUUGCCCACCCAUGGAAACAUUGUUGCGGAAACAAAAUUUGCUUCCCAAGCAGCAAAAAUGUUUCCUAGCAAAUUCAGAAACAUUUGAUGUACUCCGGUUUCCUCCCACAGGGAAAGUUGACAGGGUGGGUUAGGUAAAAGGGCCCACAGUGAUUGGCAAAUGCUGUUGUGGUAACCCUGCCCUAGUUGGCAAAAGCUUAAUAAAAAAAAAUGUUUUCUAGUAUUUGGCUACUCUGGGAAACAUGACGAAACAUUGGCAGGAAACAAUGUUUCCGCAACAAUGUUUCCUAGUUUGCCCAGGGCUUUACUAGUAACGAUUAGCUCCACGCUUCCCACAGCAACUUCUGUCCCUCAAGUAAUGCUAACCCUUGGAUGGAGCACGAGUGUACGCCUGAGCCGGCGUCUUGUUUCACUUAAUCACAUUUACAGUAUACACGGUAGCUUAACCAGAAUCGUUUUACAAAGAUUUUGAAAAGAAAGGAAUUAAAAUAAUUGUUUUUCACAAGGCCGCUUGUUCUAAACAUUUGUAAAAAUAGUAAAACUCUAAGUACAGCUAAAUUUUAUUGCUAACCCAUGUGGGACAACUGCCGAUUAGCGAUUACACAUGACCAAAACGCCAAAACGGAGACACGUGGAGAAGCCAAUUAAGGCUUGUCAUAAAGUGAAUCUGGCAGAAACAGUUUGUGAGUAUACCUGCAUGAGUUUGUCGCGAACGUCUUUUACAUUACCGAAAUUUUUAUUGCAUGACACCUGAAGUUAAACAUUCAUAAUCCCCGAGCCAACGGUGCCAAGCGCCGUUCCGGGCGUAAGCCCGGGGCGAGGGUACUAAUUCCGCCCAGUUACUUACACCCGGGAAAACGAAAGCAUUAGCGAAGUCUGAAGUUCAUCAAUGAUCGUGGGCGUGGGUGACCAGCGGUGUUUGGAUGUUGGGUGGGUGGUCAGCCUCACUGAUCUCAAAAAUAUGGCGGACUGUCAUGAAUAGUUCGCACUGAAUUUCAUUUUUGCAAGAAUUUGUGAAUUUUAAAAGCUUUUUAAGAAAAUAAAGGCGAAAGAAUUGCUAAAAGAAGGGAGUAAAGGCACCGACGUUAACGAAGGUAGGUUUAUAAUAGUUUAUUUGUGGAAACAACACGUAAAUUUAUUGCUGCAAAGCUUUCGAUCCGUUAAGCCCGGCGCACACUGGAGAUAUCAGCUGAGCUGAGCGUCACUCGUGACUGUUGGCGACUGUCGGCAACGAAUAUUCAACAUGUUGAACAAUUUCAGUCACGAAUGAACAUUUCCCCCUAGCGUGCGCGCUCGAAAAGCUGUCGCCUUUCAUUGUAGAUCGAAUAGGCAUGCGUAAUAAAACAUAAGACAGAAGUAAAAUAAUUAAUGAGGAAUAUUCAUAUGUCGCUACUCAAGCAUGCCUAUUCGAUCUACAAUGAAAGGUGAUGAUGGCUUUUCGAGCGCGCAUUUUAAAUGAAAAAGACAGCAUAUAAUUUCAGUGUUUCUUCACUGAUUGAUUAUCCUUUUUUAUUAUAUUAAAAUUUUUAAAUAAGGGAAGCAAAGUUGUUUGAAUGCAAAAAUUUGAAAUCAUUAUCAUUCAAACUUAAAGUUUUUCGAUAAAGGCAGUUUAGUUUUAUAAAGAACAUUUUAAAAUGUCUUGCGAAGCGUUUGAGGUUGAAUUUUAUCUUAAAUUGAAUUGAAGCUUAUAUUACGUAUAAUAACAGACCUAAUGAUAUAUGAAUAUUUUAGAAACAAGACUAACGAUAUAUGUUUAGGGAAUUGAUAAUUUUGUAAUUAAAAGUGAUAUUUUUAGGAGAUUUUUUAUUUGUAAAAUAUUCUUAACAAAAUUACCGUGUUACCAUGACAACAACUUUAGAUACUUCAUGUUCGGAAAAUACAAUGGUUUUGUCAGCAAGGCGAGGGGUUUCUGCAUGCAUGUAUUUUCUAGUAUUGUAUGUGUUUGUACGCAGCAGGCCCGACAUCACUUUCGAGAGACUUCACUGAGACUGAGUUUAAUAUUUUGUAAUUUGAUUUGCGGAAUUUUCCCUCAAGAAGAAUAGAUUCGGUCUGUUUCGUAGGCUUUAAUGUCACCCUAAUGGCUUACGCUCUCGUGUGUAUGACAUGAAUGCCUCCGAUAUUUCCCCAGGAUAACCUCAAUUUUAUCGUUUUAAGGUGUGUAUGCAACUUGUCAGAACUCUGGAGUACCGUGGCUGUCCUGUAAAUCUAUUGCAAAGUGGGCAAAUGAUGAAUUUCAAAAUUUGACAUGGUGCCAAUUUGGAGCGGCAGUUUCAGCUUCUUACGUUCAACACGUGCUGAAGAGAUUUUAUAUUCCAGACGAAGUUCAGGGUAUGUACACAGUUAACGAAAAUAUAGAGAAUAGUACGCGCAAAAACACCCUGAUUAAAAAUUUGCUUGUUGGUCUAAAAUUAACAGCGUAGGGUUUAGGGUAACUAAUGUUCCUUUUUAAAUUUCCUGGUUAAUUUAACCACAGUUCUGGUUAAUUUGGCCGGCUAUUGUGGCUGAUUUAACCAGGAUCCCUGGUUAAUUUAACCAGGCUAAAUGGUUGAAUGAACCAGAUUAUGUUAAGUCGAUUAUUAACCAAGAAUUCUGGUGGAUUCAACCAUAUAACCUGGUUAAAUCAACCAGGGAUCUUGUGACCAAAUUAACCAGGACUGCGGGUAAAUUAUGAAAUUGAUUUCGAGUGUUGACCAGAGUGAUCUUUGUCAAAACGAGAAAUAAGUUUUAUAUUUCCGAGCGUCCAUCUAUGGUUCUGUUUAGUAUAUAAAAUAAUUAUCCUUUUACCUUGCUAAUAAUGUACAUAAAAAUGUUACUCGACUGUGAUUGAUUGACUUCAGUGCAAUUAAUCUCAAACAGCAGUGCAAAAUUCUGUAACAAAAGUGCAAAAGCCGGUAACAAACUGUUCUGAUUGGUUCAACCAAUCAGCGUAAAAAGCAGUCCUGAAGUAACGGUCAGAGAUUGCUUCAAAACAAAACAAACAUGGCGGCCGCGCUAUGUAAAGUAAAAGUUGUGUCGGGUGAAAAAUAUUGCUUUUAUCUUUUCUAAAACGGAAAAUAUUUUAUCUUACUGUCAAAUCGGGUGUUUUUUAGCGCGCUACAAUAUAAUUUUCAGACCUUAAAUGUCACUCAUCCUUCAGACUCGUGCUAUUUUGAUGCUCAUAAAAAAACUCACUCGUUCGUGUUUUAUCCCAAUUUCACUCGAAACCAUCCUCUCAACUAUUCAAAAAUAGCAUUAAUUUAAUUUAAACUAUAAAGACCGAGACAAACCGGACGCGAUUCAACAAAGCGGCGCGUUUUUUCGAUUUUCACUGACCGAUAACAUUGAUCCUGGUUGAAGUUUUUCAAAUAUUUGGAAGCGCUAUAACAUUUUGGGUUAUUUGGUCUACAUAUCUUUUAAAAUUUCCUUUCACAAUAACUUACAAAAACUAAAAAUCGACCCCGUUGUUGAAUCGCGCCCGGUGCGUCUCGAUCUUAAUGCUGAUUUAGCAAUAAUCGUCACAUGUGCGACCGUCAUAAGUAAUCGCAGACGUGAGAUUAUUACCUGUAUAUAGGUGGCCGGGCAGCUGCCGAAAGACAUUUUGCCGAACGGACAUUUUGCCGACGGACGUUUUGCCGAACGGACGUCUUGCCGAACGGACGUUUUGCCGAACGGACGUUUUGCCGAACGGACGUUUUGCCGAACGGACGUUUUGCCGAACGGACAUUUUGCCGAACGGACAUUUUACCGAAAAGACAGUUUGCCGAACGGACAGUUUGCCGAAAAUAGAGAUAUCUUCUGAACUUUAUAGGUUCGCUUACACGGUCGAAAGUUCGGUGAUUAAAGUCAUUGUCGAUUUUGAUGACAGAAACUUUGAUAGUGAAGUGUAGUUUCCUUCUAUAUACUCUAAGUUUUUGACAAGUUUACCUAAAUUUCGUGAUAUAAAGAAUAACAUCAUUCAACAUCAUUGAUGGAAUGCGAUUUGCCCGAAAACUGUGAAUGUAUUCCAUGAUUCUCGAAGUGAAAUUCGCUUACGUCGUUGUCUUUGUACCGGCGCAUAUUUGUUUACAACCUGACGUCAAAACACGUUCCUAACAAAUGAUUCAUCCGCUGCACAAACAAUCUACUAAUAGUCAAUAUGGAUAUGUGCUGCUAACGACCAUUAUGCACUGCUUAUGACCAUAUAAUGAUUAUUUUACAUAAUAAUUGAGAAUUGCAAAGUUGAGAAAUGAGGCACAGUCCCAAACAUUUUCAAAAUAGCAUCUUUAUUUUCGGCAAGUUGUCCUUUCGACAAACUGUCCUUUCGCCAAACUGUCCGUUCGGCAAAAUCUCCGUUCGGCAAAAUAUCCGUUCGGCAAAAUGUCUUUCGGCAAACGAUCAUAGUGUAGAUUAUGGCGGAAUAUAAUGUUAUACCUGAACUUUUAAUUUUCCAAUCCAAAACAGCACGUGUGCCACAUGACGUUGUGAUUUUUUACCCAAUUCUAUGAGUACGUAAUGUAGCGUUAAAUAUCAUUUGCCGGUAGAUAGAACUAACAGUUGAAUAGUGCUUUGUAGACGGAAAAUUUGAGGGAAAAAUUAUCUACAAUUUCAGACCUAACCAGGAGAACCUGCGAAAAAUGCAACUAUAUGCCCUCUGGCAGGAAUCGAAUCUGCGAUUCCGGUGAAGCGUUUCUGAGCUAAAGAGUCCAGUUGUUGAGCUCGAACCACAAGUUCGUGUCUAUAUAAGGCAUAGUGGGUGAUGUAGCUCAUAAGCGACCUAUGCCCUCCCACAAUUGGUACGAGUACGUAUUUUGUAACUACUAAGCUAGAGCAUCACUGCCCUUAGUUUAGCAGGUAACGGCUACAAUUUAACCGUAUUUUCUAUAUUUGACCACAGUAUUUGACAAGUCCGUGCCUAAGCCCUGCCUUCCUCCAAUGGUGCCCCGUUUCAUUGGUCGACAACAAAAAGUUGAAGAUAUCUUGCGUGUGUUGACGUCCACAUCUGCUCAGGUAGUUUCUGUAUCUGGACCCCCUGGUUUUGGCAAAACCUCAUUGGCUAUUGCAGUAGGACACCAACUUAGAAAGCUCGGACUACCAGUUUAUUUCCUUUCCUUGAGAAGCGUCAAGACAGCGGAAGAGCUGACCUCUGAUCUCUUAAACACCUUUGCAAAUGCGUCUGAUGUAACGGGGCGAGAACGUUCAAAACUAUGCAGACUCCUCAGUGCAAUUCCUUCCAAUAUUUGUAUCAUCCUCGAUAACGCCGAUGAUCUUUUUCAGACUAGUGGUGAAACGAGCCAAGACGUUUUAGACCUACUGGAAAAGAUCUUUUCUCAUUGCAAGAAUGUAUCCUUUCUACUGACCACAAGGACGAGUCUUCAAUCGGUGCUGGGAAGAAAAUUUGUUGGUCAUACGUCUGUCGGUGUUGUAUCGCUAGACAGGAAAUCGUCCCAAAUGCUUGUUCAAGAACUUGUCCCUACUGCUGAUGAAAGUGAAUGCUGCAGAGUGGCUGAGGUCUGUGGAGACGUUCCGCUGGCCAUCAAACUUUUGUGCGGUCAAAUCGUUGACGAAAAGAAGGGUAUAUCUGAAUUCCUUUAAAACUUUAGCCGUUCUUCAAAAAAGCUAGCAGACUUGUUAGACGAUCCAUGCGCGCCAAAUGAUCAACGUUUAAAUAUCUUGUUCGAGUCUUACUUCAAAAGACUCUCUCGAGAAGAGAAAGAAGCAUUUGUUUGUCUUUCAGUUUUUGUCAGUGAAUUGUUCGACGAGCAAGCAGCAGUAAACAUCAUUGGAGGCGAUGAAGACUCAGCAAAAAAAACUUUGUUGGUGCUCAAGAGAAAAUAUUUGGUCGAAGGAAAUUCCUGCGAAACAAGGCUGUUUUCUUUGCACCCUCUGAUCAGGUCAUUUAGUUCCGAAAAAGCAGUUUCUGAUAUGAAAGAAAUUGCUUACGAAGCAGAAAGGCGUUUCCUGAGUUAUUACGUCAAGUUGUUUGAAGAUUUGAACAACCAGUUUCUCGCAGGAAAUUCUCUCCUUGCAUUCCACGAUUUCGAAUUUAACAAAGCAAAUAUGGUACAUAGUCUCUCCGAAGGUGUUCAAAACGAGGAAGUCUGUGACGCAAUUUUCGAUGUUCUUUUCAAUGCCGAUCUGUUUUUGGACACCAUUUGCUACUUUGAGCAUGAAUGGAUGUUUUACAAACUUUAUGAUUCAGCAAUAGCCAAGGCAAAAGAGCAGCAUAAAUUGAAAGCUUUCCAUCAACUGCUAAUUGCUAAAGCUUUUGCUGAAAUACAUGGGCCUGAUGGACAUACUUUGACAUUAUUAAAAAAGGCCGAAGAAAUAGAGAAACAAAAUCCUGUCCUUAUUUCGAAAGUUGUCAUGGGAAAACGAAUGUGUUACCUUGGUAUUCACUUGCUAAUGUAUAAAGCGGUAGCGAAAGGUGUUGAAAUUCUUGGAACAGGGAUAUCUCUGUUGAGUUUUGAAAAUACUGUACUUAAGGUUUUAUGCUCCCAGAUUCUUGCUUUGAUUGUUUCUUGCGCAGAAAAGUCUUCGUAUUACCGGAACAUUGUUUUAACUAAAUGCGCUGACCGACCAUCCUUGUGUGCUUUCUUUAAAGCUAUACAACAAGAUGAUUGCGCUGACGAGAAAGAGAUUGAAAUCUUGAAAGGUAAAAGUGAACCACUUAUCUUGGAACUUGGUCUUCUCAUCGAGGUCUUGGCGUGCAAAUAUGACAUGGGUGAGGUGAUAUAUAGACUUGGUUUGUCCAUCUCCAAGUUACGGAAAGAAGUCGAAGCCGAGGCACAGAACGACCGUCUAUACCGCCCACUACUCUUACUCGUUGAAAACGCCGUGCUAGUGGUCAAAAUAAAACAAGAGAGUCCAGCAGCGCUGCAGCACGCUCUUGAUAAUUUUGUAGAAGAAAACGGUCGGCUAAACUCGGAUACAGCCUUAAGGUGCUAUCAUAAUGGAGAAUGUCUAUCGAGACAGAUGAAUUAUGAGGAUUCCCUGAGAUAUCAUUAUGAAGCAUUAGACAUCAGACUGAAGCUUUAUGGCCACAACUUAGAUAUCGCCGACAACUACUACCAGAUUGGAUAUAUCCAAUAUUUCAAAAAUGAUUACGAGUCAGCACUGAAGUCGUUCAAGAAAGCACUUGUCAUCAGACAAAAUCUUCACGGGAAAAUUCACCCAGUGCGAGACGUUUUCCGCAAUUGCCAUGAAAUGAUUGGAACAACAGAGUAUUAUUUGAAAGAGUACGAUUCAGCUGUGCAUUGGCACCAGCUAUCCCUGGAUAUUAGCGUGGCGCUCUAUGAAAAGGAACACCCAGUCGUCGCUGAUAGCUACUUCAGCAUUGCAAAAUGCCAGUGCGAAAUGCAAGAUUAUGAUUCUGCUCUGGAGUCAUGUCAACAUGCACUUGAUAUCAGGUUAAAGCUUUUUGGACAGGAGUGCGUAUUUACAAGCAACAGUUAUGACCAAAUGGAAUUUAUACGUACUAAUCUAAAGAAAGUUUGCGAAUCAUCUCUCGAGCUUCAAAGCAAAAAUUCGCUUUCUUACUUUAAGAAAAAAAAAAUUAUUUUAAGAAAUUUUUCUCAAAUAAAUCCAAAUUUCUUGGGAGAAUAA